GACAGUGUUAGCGGACGGACGAUCCCAGGGCUCGGAAGCUCCGUGUGUGUCCCGAGCGCGGCUCGGAUCCGCUCGGCAAAGUUGUGAAUCUGAUGGCAUGGCGUUAAUCACCCUGCGGAGAAACUUUUGUCAUAUACCUGGAGCUGUGGCCACGCUGAAAACUCACCCUGCCAAUCAUGUCCAAAAGGGAGUCAAAGAUCGUCUCCGUGUUUUGUCCUGUUGCCUACAACCUGAGCUGUUCAGGAUCAGAUUCCAUCAUGCCUACUGUAAAAACUUCCAUUCAGAGAACGGAAAUGACCUUCAUCCAGUUGCUGAGCCGUGGUUCUCUCAAGUACAGGAAUGGAACCAGCUGGAACAGAGUCUUAAAAACGAGGAUGAAGAGAUCCUUUACGGGAGACUAAACAGCUACACCUCCCCAGAGGAAGUGUUGAGCUUCGUAAGUACACUGGACACUCUGCCUGUCACUCUGGCAGCAGCAGCUUUGCUCAAGAUCUGUGAGGUGGGGAAGAGAGAUGGUGAGCAAAGGCUGCCAAACGGAAUCCUGGAGAACCGAAUCUUCCAAGCUCUAUGCCUUCGGUGUGAGCAGAAUCCCUCGCACCUGACCAAUGCUGCUCUAGUGACAGUUCUGCAGUCUCUGCCUGUGUUGCCUGUGGAUCCUCAAAGUAGCCUGAUGCUGAGCCUCAUGGCAGAAUGCCAGAGUCGUCUCCGAAGGGGCAGCCUGGAAGUCCACCAUCUUUGUGUUCUUGGGGAAAGUCUGGCUAGACUUCAAGGUCCAAGUUGUGAGACUCUGGAACUGGUCCUCAGUCAGCUGCAAAGUGAAAAUUUGGAAAUGUUUGCCCCACAGGAUAUUGUGGCCAUUUAUAGAAUCCUGCAGGCGUGUUCUGAAAAGAUAGACAAACAUCAGUCCUUUUUAGACAAAGUGAACAGCUUUGCCCUUUCAAUAGUUUCCUGUCUGAGCCCUCAGUCCAUUAGCCAAGUGCUUACUGCGUUGGUGGUUCUUAACCAGACUCAUGCACUUCCACUGGUUAUCAAGUUGGGUAAGCACAUGGUGAGAUACAUCCCUCGUUUUACUAAUGAAGAACUCCGGAAGAUCUUGGAGGGGUUAGUAUACUUUGGACACAAUGACAGGUUUCUCAUUGAGGCUUUAGAGCAACACGUAGCUGCCCUGAGCUUCUCCUUGGACCCUGAUUUUGCCAGCACCGUGAUGGAGUACUGCAGUAGAAAGCGGGUUCUUUCCAAGCCCAUCUUCGAUGCAGUUGCAGAGACUUUUGUCUCCAAGUCAGAAAAACUUUCACCUAGUCAGAUUUCUGAAUUAAUUGAACCAUUUGGAAAACUCAAUUAUUUGCCACCAAAUGCUCCUGCUCUGUUUAGGAAGGUAGAAAAUGUGCUAUUUGUUCAUUUACAUAGUUUUCCACCAAAAAUGCUAUUGAGACUUCUGCAUUCAUGUUCGCUGAUUGAACGCCAUCCAGUUAAUUUUAUGUCAAAAAUAUUCAGUCCAUUUUUUCUUCAGAAGCUGCAAGGUAAAGAGUCAUAUUUGGACAGGUUGAGCCUGGCACAGCUGACCCAGCUUUUCCUCACCUCAGUCCUAGAGUGUCCUUUCUACAAGGGCCCCAAACUUCUUCCUAAAUACCAAGUGACGUCAUUCCUCACUCCAUGCUGCUCCCUAGAAACCCCGGUGGAUCUCCACCUCUACAAGUCUGUGGUGAUUGGACUAAUUGAUCUGUUAGGAUCAAGAUCGUAUUUUGCUUCAAAAGUGUUGACGCCCUAUUGUUACACCAUAGAUGUUGAAAUUAAAUUAGAUGAAGAUGGAUUUGUAUUGCCCUUUACAGUGGAUGAGGAUAUCCAUAAAAGGGUGGCACUGUGCAUCGAUGGGCCGCAGCGAUUUUGCUCUGACAGUAAACACUUACUCGGAAAAGAGGCUAUUAAACAAAGACACCUGCGGUUACUUGGUUACCAGGUUGUUCAGAUUCCCUAUCAUGACCUGGAGCUGCUUACAUCGCGGCUGGAACUGGUGGAAUACUUACAGAGAAAGAUGUUUUCUCAAAACACCACUGUCCAUUGGUAACGAGGGAAACUGGCUUCAGGAUUCAGAGUGAAAAAGCUUGUAUUUGUAAGAAAAACAGUUUAAUCUGUGAAUUAGCCACUAUAUGGAAAUAUGUUUACAGACGUGGGAUCUGAAAAGGGUCUGUGGUUUUCCUUAUACCAUGUAUAUGUGAAUGGUGGUAAAUUUAAAAUUAACCUGAAACUAGUGUCAUAGAUGCUUUCACCGCAUCGCACAGGAUCAUUCAAAUACAAUAAAGCACUGUAACGAGUAA